AUGGAUAUAAAGACUGGAUUCUUGAAUGAAGAUCUCUAUGAGGAGAUCUACAUGAGGCAGCCUGAGGGUUUAAUUCAAGAAGGGAGAGAGGAAAUGGUGUGCAAGUUAAGAAAAUCUAUUUAUGGACUGAAACAAGCUUCUAGACAAUGGUAUUUAAAAUUUGAUGAAGUGCUGAGGUCUCAUGGCUUCACUGAAAGUCUUUUGGAUGUGUUUUUAUAUUAA